AUGGUCUGUGGCAUCAGCCCGACAACCACACGGCACCAGAUGGCCUGGCUUGCAGACGAACCGAGAGUCCGAUCGACCGCGGAGUCGUCUCCCCAGUUCCUUGUCGCCAUGUCGUUCCGCCACUUGGCCAACUGGCGACCAGGCGAAACCGGGCAGCUGGGAGAGGCUUCAACGACACAGCAUCUACACAUGCAUCUUGAACGCCUUGAAAGCCUCUUUGCAGCGCUUCCAUCAGGUCUUUCCAUUGUGCAGCAGCUGUCACUUGGAGCCGCCGGCGCCUUGUGCUUCCACAGAGGCUGA